GGCAAUAAGAGAAAGUAAACCACUUGUUUGCAACGUCAUCGCCGCCCGGAGGUAGCGUACUGCUCACCCGAGCUCUGAUGAUGUUGCGCAGUUAUUGUAGUAGCUGCGUUUAUUCUCUUUCUCUUGCUCUCCGCGCAGCAACAACGACUAUAAUCCUUUCGACGAGGACGAACUACUUGGCAAAGAUGUGAAAAAAUUAUAUAUAUCAGCAGCAAGAAGGAGAAGAACAAAAAGAAGUACUGAGUAAAGUAAGAGUUCAUGCCGACGUGUCCCACGUAUAACGGAACGCCAGGUGGGGGCGACCUCGACCACGACAUGAACUACAACACGUACGUUGGUGGCGGUGGGGAACAUGAUGGUAGUACUGGAAACAAGCUUUUAGAGCAACCGCCAACGGGGGGACACUACAACACGACGACCCCGCAAAACCAGUUCCUUUCCAGUGGCGGUGGAGGCUCGUCUGGGUCGCGAGAUCAAGGAAACUAUCACGAGAACAACGCGAUGAUGUACAAUUACAGCCAGGAUAGUUACAACAGCAAUCACAACUUGAACUUUUACGGCGCAGGCGAUUACGCAAACCCCAACGCAGCUGCCGCCCCCGCGUUUGGUGGCUCUUACAACGCUGGGAUGUCGACCGGCGGAGGAGGUUUGUUGGUUCCCGCAACAAGCAGGUCUUCAACAAUGGCCACUACUACCCCAAACAACAUGCAGCUCCUCGUGUCCCCGGGCGAUCAGCAACAGAUUCAGCAUGCGCACCUCACGGCCAACGGCAACAUGAAUUUUGGCUAUAACUACAUGAAUACGACCUCGGCGUUGAUGGGCACUGGGCCGGGAGCUGGGUUUUCCGGUCCACAACAGCAACAGCAUCUUCACUUCCAGCUUGUCCAACAAAAUCGCACCCCGAGCAAUACGAUUGUCGUGAUCCCUACGUACUGUUUCAGCACCGGCCCGCGGAACGCCAGUUGUAACACGCUCAUGGUGCGGGGGCGAGGGAGAUUAGAGAUAGAUCUGACACAGGUCCUCCAGCUGCCUACGGAAAAAGAAGUCCAGAUAGCGCAGCACUUCCUCGAAGCAGGCCCGGAUGUGCGAAAUUCGGAAAUACAGCGGAUUUGCGACGAUCUGCACUUGCAAACCGGGUACGUCCACAUUGAGUACGAAACGUUAGAGGGUUUCUUGCAGGCCAUCGGCGAUACAGCAUUUGCGGAAACGUACUCGCAAGCAACGUUGGACACAGUCGUAAAGGUGCGCGACCGCCUCAAUCGACAGAACACCGCAAUCGAGUUUGCAGUUGCGAACGCCGUCGCACGAAACGAAGGCUACUACACGGGGAUCCGAGCAGCAAACCACAAUUUGCUUGAGCGUUUCGACAACAAGCUGGACUCGAUAAAUGUGUCCGCAACUGCUGCUGCGUCCUCUGGUGCGGAAAACCAUGCGCUACUGCUUCCCCUGAACCAGGAACACGAAUAUCAGGCCUUCUUGUCCUUAUGUAAGGCCUUAUGUUUCGACUUGUUUGAUGAGUACUUGUCAACACCUUUUCUUCGUGUCUUGCACAUGCUCUUGUCGCGCCAAUGGCAUAUGCUUGUCGCACCAAUGGCAUAAGUGAAUAUGCGUGGCAGGAGCUUUUGCAGCAAUUCAACUUUUUCAGUAUCUACUUUGCCGGCGGUCCCCCGUCGUAUGAUUUUAUUCUAUUUUCCUCAAGCUUACCUAUAGCUUGGUAAUCCACCAUGUAGAAGUACUACAAAAAAUGAAAAUCAUGCCUGUGCAGAUGCGACCCGGAUUGCCGGAACACCCGGCAACGUCGGCGACUCGUUGUGGAUAAUGCGCGGAUUCCUGACAGCUGCGGCGCAGACGCACCAAUUCGCAAAGGAGGCUGAAACCAUAGCGAAAGGGUUGGGGUCUAUUCGGGACCUGGCGACCUUUGGCUCGGGCACAGACACCAGCACCGGCAGCAACAGCUCGAGCCAGCAGAUGUUUGCCACGGCGAAAAGUAUUUUCCUCCUCGCGUUGCUUCUACUUGUGGCGCCAAUUGUGUUGUUUUGCCUGUGCAUUAUAUCAUGCAGCCACGCAAAGAAUAAAGGCUAGGGCAAGCGCUUGAGUCCGGGCGUGUCCUCGCGUGCAAUUGAAGUCCAAGUCCUGAAAUCAGCAUCAACUCGCUUGCUCACGAAAAGAAACAAGAAGAAAAAGAUAAAAUUAAAAAAAAUACUGACAUGACAGGUCAUCCUUCCGGGAUCUGGACGGAGGAAACAGAACGCACUGUGAUUAGUUGUUUCGGAUUGCUGCGCUGUUACAUAUUUCCGAAUGGGGACGGCGAUGGGGAGAAGUACAGUGAGUUUCCCACGAUUCGAACACUGCAAGUCAUUCGCAAGUAUAAUCUGGUCCAUUUUUUUGAGCAACAAGAGCAUUUAUCGUCCUGCGUGUGGUCCUGGUUUUCAAGUAUCGUCUUACUCUUACGCUUUCACUCCUAAAACUGCCAUCAAUCCGUCGAAAAAUAGUUCUUACUAAAUUAGAAAGAAAGAACCCCACAACUCGUUCCAAUACCAGAUCGCUCCGUCGUCUUGUGGGAAUUGCGAGGUGGGAUGCGUUGGAGAUGGAAGCGGUGAACCAGCAGCCCUUGGAAAGCAAGGAGUUCUUCAAGAAAGCCAGGUUGGACUUUGAGCGCAUCUCGCGGUUGGAGGCGGCAAAGGCCGAGGAAGCCGAGAAGAACAAGAAUUCUGUGGGAAUUAUGGUGCAGCAGGGCCUAGAGGCGCUGGGAAUUCUACGGGAAGGGAAAACGGACUGGAAUAACCCAUCGUGA